UACUUUUUUUCUCUCUUUUUUAAUUAUGUUUUUUAAUGGGAAUUGACGCUUUGACUAGUUCUAAACCUAGAGGAGCAAAAAGAAAGAAGCGCCCUGCCCACUUCUUUCAAGUGACAGUAAUUGAAUUUAAGUCCCAGAAGUGAAGCGCAUUCCCCUGGGGGCUGCUAUCCUGAGAGAAACUCCGCGAGGAGGAAAGAGCGAGAGACAGAGAAGCGGCGACAUCGAUCACCCCCCCCUCCUCUUUGCCAAGAGGCCCCGUCGCGUUCCCACCAGGCGCGAUGCGCGGAGGAAGUUUUUCCCUUCAAACUGCCAGAAGGAGAACGACAUUCCCUGCGUUGAAUGCGCGAUCCCUUCCCACAGGAUUUGUUUUCAGUUCUGUUUUUAUGGUGCCUGAUCGUGUCUUGUCAUCUUUAUAUGAGCGGAAAUAAGAAUAAACAGCACUGGCAAGUACUUUGCAUUCUACUUUUUCAAGUGACGUCUCGGAGUCUUCUUUCGGCUCCAGAGUCCCGGCGGUUGGCACUGGUGGAGGCUAUUCAGGAAAGGACGUGGAUGUGCGGAUGGCUGCAGGCCCAGCCGGGAAAAGGCGAGUAGACAGCAGCGGGAGCCGGUUGUUAUUUAUUUUAUUCUUUUUUUUUUUUUUUUUUUUUGAAGGAUUGAGCGCUUAUGGAAAUGAGCAGACGGGAAGACCAGCAAUCGUAUAACGCUGCAGAUCUGUCAGUCUGCCAGCUUAAACGUAUUUCGAGAAAAGCCAUGCCACCAGCGAUGGCACGAGCUAAAGCGGAGGAAGACUCGUAAAAUUGUGCGACAGACGUGCCCACCGCAGAGUCUUGCAAGCCGGGGGGUGAAGAAGAGGGGCGUGUGAGGAGACUGAAACGGGCCGACGGUGUCGUCGCGCAAAUGCGCAAUUAGGGGCCAGGAGAGCGCAAAAGGCAGACUUGUCACUCGUCGAGGGGAGGACACGGCGGUGAAGGUUGUGGCUUCGUGUGUGAACGCAGGAGUAGGGGGCGAAGAGGCAUACGAGGACGCUUUCUGCGAUGACUGGGGCAGAACGACAUGGAAUAAACAAGUGUGUACCCAAGGGCUGGCCGCCAACUGACGCAAUCUAACCGAGGCUUAAGAAUGACACUUGAAGACUCUGGAGCCAAGUGCCGAAGUGCAAGCGUUCCACAGUGGGGUUAAAGUCUGUGCCUGGCAUAAAAUCCCCCGAACAGUCCAUUUGCUGCCUUGCUUUAUUUUUUUUUUCUUCUUCUUCUCCUUCUCCUUUUGUUUUGAUUAUCUACCCACCUUCAUAAACAUGGCUUCUCCGCAGCAGCCUCUGUUCCACAGCACCGAGGUCAGCUGCGAUGCCACAGGAGAUGGUGUGGCGGUGAAGAUCAACCCCAGACUGGCAGCGGCCGCCGCUGCCGCCAGCAGUAGCAGCAGCUCCUCCAAGCACUGCAAGUACAGCAUCUCGUCCAGCUGUAGUUCGGGAGAAUCGGGCGCCCGUCGAGGGCCGACGGCGCAACUCCGACGGCCAAAGAAGAAGCUGCCCCAACUCUUUGAGAGGUCCUCGCAGCAGUGGUGGAACCCGCGGUUCGAUUCAUCCAACCUGGAGGAGGCCUGUUUGGAACGGUGUUUCCCUCAGACCCAGCGGCGAUUUCGAUACGUCCUCCUGUACCUGGCCACCGCUUGCCUACUGUGGACUAUCUAUUUUGUGAUCAAUAAGGAAAGGUGCGACUGGAUUCUUUUUUUGUCCCCCACCGUGGGCUUCUUUGGAUUCUGUAUUUUGCUUUUCAUUUUCACUUUUACUCGUUUCUAUGCCCGCAUGUACGCGUGGGUCUCUUUGCUUCUCUUUAUAGUGACAUUUGCCUUAACAUUAGCACCCCAAUUCCAAAAAGUUAAGCCAUCCCUCUCAAAUGAUAGCAAUAUCACAAACCUCUUGGAGCCAUGUCUUUCGCCAGUGGGGUGUUUCUCCCUCUGCAUGGAGGUGCUCUUGCUGCUCUACACCGUCAUGCACUUGCACCUCUACCUUUGCGUGAUGCUUGGAGUCCUCUACUCGACUCUCUUUGAAGUUCUUUAUUUCCUCUCUGGAAACCUGGACCCAAGUGGCGCUGAAUACUGGCUGGCUCCAGGAAAAGCGUUCCUGCACAUCUGUGCGCACGCCAUCGGCAUCCACUUGUUCAUUAUGUCCGAAGUUCGCUUGCGAAGCACUUUCCUCAAGGUGGGCCAGUCAAUCAUGCACGGCAAAGACCUGGAGGUCGAGAAGGUCCUGAAAGAGCGAAUGAUUCAUUCAGUCAUGCCCCGGAUGGUGGCCGAUGAGUUGAUGAAACAAGGAGACGACGAGAGUGAAAACUCCGUCAAGCGCUACUCCGCCUCUAGUCCGAAGAGCAAGAAAAAAAAGAGCUCGAUUCCAAAGGCUCACAUUAUUUUUCGUCCUUUUAACAUGAAGCGCAUGGAACCGGUCAGUAUUUUAUUUGCUGAUAUUGUGGGAUUUACUAAGAUGAGCGCUAAUAAGUCGGCCCACGCCCUCGUGGGCCUUUUAAACGAUCUCUUUGGACGAUUUGACCGACUUUGUGAGAUCACCAAAUGUGAGAAGAUCAGCACGCUGGGGGACUGCUAUUACUGUGUGGCGGGAUGUCCGGAACCACGCAAUGACCACGCUUACUGCUGUAUUGAGAUGGGCCUUGGCAUGAUUAUCGCCAUUGAGCAGUUCUGCCAAGAAAAGAAAGAAAUGGUUAAUAUGAGGGUUGGCGUACACACUGGCACCGUGCUGUGUGGCAUCCUGGGAAUGAAACGUUUUAAGUUUGACGUGUGGUCGAAUGACGUGAACCUUGCAAACCUGAUGGAACAGCUGGGCGUAGCAGGAAAAGUGCACAUCUCGGAAGUGACGGCUAACUUCUUGGAUGAUCGGUACCUGCGCGAAGAUGGCAAAGUGAUGGAGAGAGUUGGGCCGAGUGUGGUGGCUGAUCAGCUGAAAGGGCUGAAAACAUACUUGAUCUCAGGCCGCAGAGCUGAGAAGUCUGAAUGCUGCUGCUCCAAGAUGUGCCUAGAGCUGGAAUCGGGAAACAGGGAGAAUAAAACUGAGGCCCUGCCUAUAGAGCUCACACAUGCCAACAGCCAGACUGACAAAAACAAGAUGGCAUGUGUGACCUGUAGUGGUAUUCUAGCUUCAAAUUGUCUGCUUGAGGAUGGCACUGUUCAGAAUGGCUGUCAGGAGGACCAUAAAAAUAACAUAAAGAACCCACUAGUGCGCAGUGCCAAGGCACAGAAUGGCUUGUUGCUCCCAGCUGCUGAAGAUAAGCUGACCAACAGUCAGACAUCACUGUAUGAAAUGUUGCAGGAAAAGGGGAAGUGGUUUGGGGUCAAUAUUGACCAAUCGGCUCUACUUCCACUACAGUGUCAAAAAAUACGUGAAAGGACUGAUGCCCAUUUUGUGGAUGUCAUUAAAGAGGACAGCCUGAUGAAAAAGUACUUCCUAAAGCCACCCAUAAACAAGCUGAGCCUAAACUUCCUAAAAGAAGACCUUGAAAAAAUGUAUCGACUCAGCUAUCAGAAGGAGGUUGAACUGAUUGCUCCUGUGAAGACAUUUGCCAGCUCAACUUUUAGCUCCUUCCUAGAUGUGUUGCUUUCAUCUGCAGUGCUCUUGUUCAUUACCCUCAGCUGUUUCUUGAAACCGUUGGUCUUGGGGACGAGUCCUCCUCCUGCUGCCAUCGCGGUCAGCGUCCUUGCCAUACUGUUGGAAGGAGUAUCACUGGUCCUGUCUGUGCGAAUGGCCUUUUAUCUGGAAGACGUAAUGGGCUGCACCAAACACCUUCUACAGUUUAUUGCUGGCUGGAUCCCUCGACAUUUUAUUGGUGCCAUUCUGAUCUCUCUCCCAGCACUUUCUGUUUUUUCUCACAUUACCUGUGAGUUUAAUAACGGAUCACAAUUCACAGUAUUCCUGUGCUGUGCUCUCAUCAUCGCAAUUAUCCAGUACUGUAACUUCUGCCAACUCAGCUCUUGGAUGAGAUCCUCUAUCGGCACAGUUGUGGGGAUUGUGCUGCUUAUACUUCUUUAUACCUCAUUAUGCCCAGACAAGAGCUCUGUAUUUGAAUCAGAGCUCCACAAAGAUAUUGGCCAGGAGGUCAUUCUGGCAUUUCUCCUCCUUCUCCUUCUGGUUUGGUUCUUAAACAGAGAGUUUGAGGUGAGCUAUCGGCUGCACUAUCACGGUAAUGUGGAGGCGGAUAUGCAUCGCAGUAAAAUCCAGAACAUGAGAGACCAGGCUGACUGGCUGCUGCGUAACAUCAUCCCUUAUCACGUUGCUGAGCAGCUGAAGGUGACACAAAGCUACUCUAAAAACCACGAUAACGUCGGUGUCAUCUUUGCCAGCAUUGUCAACUUUAGCGAGUUUUACGAGGAGAACUACGAAGGUGGCAAAGAGUGCUACCGUGUGCUUAAUGAACUGAUUGGAGACUUUGACGAGUUGCUCAGCAAGCAACAAUACAGCAAUAUUGAGAAAAUCAAAACCAUCGGUGCCACAUACAUGGCAGCAUCCGGUCUCAAUCCUUCACAGUGCCAAGACUCGGCCCAUCCGCACGGCCACCUCCACGUCCUCUUUGAGUUCGCCAAAGAGAUGAUGCAAGUUGUGGAUGACUUCAACAAAGAUAUGCUGUGGUUUAACUUCAAGCUCCGCAUUGGCUUUAAUCACGGACCCCUGACUGCAGGGGUGAUCGGCACAACAAAGUUGCUCUAUGACAUCUGGGGAGAUACGGUCAACAUUGCCAGUCGCAUGGACACUACUGGAGUUGAAUGUCGCAUUCAGGUCAGUGAAGAAAGCUUCCGUGUGCUUAGCGAAAUGGGCUACGAGUUUGAUUAUCGAGGCACGGUUAACGUAAAAGGUAAAGGCCAAAUGAAAACCUACUUGUUUCCAAAGAGCAUGGACAAUGGCAUGGUACCACACCACCAGCUCUCCGUUUCUCCUGAAAUCCGCGUCCAGGUAGAUGGCAGCAUCGGCCGCUCCCCAACCGAUGAGAUUGCAGAAAUGGUCCCCGCUGUUGUUGCACAUUGCUUGGAGCAGACACCUCAGCCACGUCCACCUGCAGUCAUUACUGGGAAGCCAGACGGCAAAGACCUGCCACACGUAUCUCAACAAAGCAGCCCAGGGAACGUCCACAAGCCACUCCUGCCUUUCCGUCCCUGUGCUGAACAAAGUACAUUAGAAGAAGAGGAACCCGAUGAACUGACGAGACUCCAAGGAGCCACAAGUCUAUGAUGUCGCUCACCUUUGCCGUGAGAAUGGAAAAUAAUAACACAAUAAACAAUGUUGCCUUGGUUUCAUUCAUCAAGAAUUGUCCUGACAGCAACUUAAAAUACCCCCUGAAAGAGAAGGAACUUCUCUACUUCUUCUUCUUCGUCCCGUGUUUAUUUAGUUUUUUUUUUUUUUAUAUGUUCAUCCAAUUAGGUCGUAUUUUUCAUAGCGGAGAAGAAUGGAGGCCAAAUACACUGUGUGGAUCACAGUUCUUUUUCGAGACUUCAGGGGCUUGAUACAUUAUUCAAACUGUCUGCCGCGUCCCCUGUUUUCACCUUUUUAGUGUUGUCAUUUGGAGUUUGUUUUGUUUUUUUUUCUUAUUUAAUGUUGUUUUGAGGCUGUGUAUUAAUUAAGUGCCUUCAGAAAUAUUUCUAGGUGUCAUCUUUGCUUGAAUGACAGACUUGUAAAAUGGAGAAACAAGCAAAAUGUAUAGCAUGGCUUUUACAAAAAAAGACAAAAAACAAAAACACACAACAGACUCUGGGGGAAGCUGUGGUUAUUUAUGUGAGAAACACUAUAGCUUUUGCUAAUGCAAUAUUCUUAUUUUUAAAUCUUUCUGUCUCAGUCUCUCUUAAGAAUCCAGCAGUGGUGUUUACAAAUAAUGCCAGCGAUGUGAAAUGGCGGUAGUUGCGUCCAAUGCCAUGGAAUGGUGCCACGGGCACAUUGGCCAUGCAGCGCUAUACGACAAAAAC